GUUGUUUCAUUUGACCGUGUAUAUACUCUAAUCGAACGAUACUUUGUGCUGCCAUCAAAAUUAUAAACAUAGUUCAACUUAUUAUUGUCUAAAUACGAACGUGCUACAGUCGAUAACAAACAAGGAUGGAAGAUGAGCAGACGAAGGUACUACGGUGCCGCAUAUGUUUUCGGAGUGAAACGGAGGAGUUUAUAUCGCUGUACUGCAUGUGUGACACCCAGCAGCAGUUGGUGAAGGAUAUGAUGAAAGAUAUCAUAUCCAUUGACCCGACGUCGUUAGACGGACAGUUUGUUAAUCUUCCGCAGUACGUAUGUGAAAAAUGUUUGGAAGAUUUGAACAAGGCUUGUACUUUUCGAAAAAAAUGUCAUGCCUCAAAUCGUCAAUUUCGGAAGCAGCUGCUGCAGAAAGGAACGGUGACCUACGUCGAGCGGCGCUGCCGUACCUGUACAUCGACCAAUAUGGACGAGAUUAUUUCAUUGUACUGUAUUUGCGAAGGGAAGGGUGAUUUGAUUACGGAUAUGAUGCAUCAAACCAUUGGAGUUGCGCGUCCCACCGAACGAGAUGAACUUCCUCAGAAUAUAUGCAUGGACUGCUUUGGCAAGCUAGCAGAAAGUUGUCGCUUGAGGGAUCGGAUCCUAAAGUCAGAAGCUGCACUGAAAAGACAAUUUAGAAAACGAGUCUUUUCUGGGCCAAAGAAUAGCUUCAAUCCGAAGCAUCGGCCAACAGCAGUAACAAGGCAAAAUAAAUCUGACAUAGAUCCAUUUCAUUAUCCAGAGUUGGAUCCAAAGCUGGGAGAACUAUUAUCACUAUUCUCUAUUGUUGAAGAAACGGAGCUUUACGAUCAGGUGUUGUUCAGUGGUGUUAUUUGUUGCUGCUGUAAAUUGUUGAAAAAUGCAGAUGAUCUGGUAGAGCAUCAAACAAUUUGUGAAAAGAGCCAAGAAAAGGCUUGGUCAAAAAUUAAAUGCGCGGAUUGUAAUAAACGAUUUCAUACGACAAGAGAACUCUUACAACACCGCGAAAAACGAGAUCAAAAAUUAUUUUACCGUUGCAAAAUAUGCAACGUCUUAACGAAGGAAAGAGUAGACUUAGAAUUGCAUUUUGAAUUUACCAGAUUUCACCCUAUAUUGGAUUCAUCUGAACAGGAAAGACACAAAUUCGACGAAAAUAUUGAAACAGUUUACGAACCAGACAAUCGCUGCUGUGGUUGCGACAAAGAAUUCAAGGAUGGCACGUCCUUGUUGAAACAUUCCAGAAAAGUUCACUUCAACGUCGGUGGCAAUAAACCGUCAUUUGUAUGUUUAAUAUGUUACACAAGUUUAACCGAAAAACGACUUCUUAUGAAACACCAACGAGAAUAUGGUGGAACUAGAAAGUACAUCUGCAAGGAUAAAAAUUGUCAGUUUGAGUCUGAUCAGAGACAUAGCAUAAAGAAACAUGUCGAAGAAGGUGAACACUGCACAGACGAUACGUUGGUUGAGGUGAAAUUUGAGAUUCCGAAAGCAAAAGAAUACUUUUGCUGCUUUCGCAGUUGUAAUCAAUCAUAUCCGUCGAUGGAAGACUUGGAAGUGCAUUGUCGUGAAGAUCAUGUGGAGCAGUUAAGUCACAACACGUUCUUUGCUGCAACUACAGAUGGAUUUCCAUGUUAUUUGUGCAAACGUACUUUUCCGAAAGAGAAUAAUUUAAAAGCUCACAUUCGAACGCAAACUGAACGAAAAUUUGAAUGCGCUUGCUGUGGUCAAAAGUAUGUAACUCGAGAUGCUCUCGCAAGACAUGCAAACCGUCACGAACAAACCCAACCGGAGUUUCUCUGUCAUCAGUGUGAUGCAAUAUUCAGAAGCAAAUACAACCUUAAUAUCCACAUUCGUCGGUGUCACGAAAAGGUAUUUUCGGAACAUUGUAGUACAUGUGGUAAAUGCUUCGCUUCUAAGGGUGAACUACGAACACACAUCGCUAUCAAUCAUCUACUAGACCGUCCUUGGAAAUGCUCUGAAUGUUCGAUGGCUUUCGGCACGAAACCGCACCUGAAAAGACACAAGGCAACCCAUACUGAUAACCGGCCGUACAAAUGCCAAUACUGUUCCAACACGUACCGUUAUGCGACUGACUGUAAGCGUCACGAGCGGUCAAUUCACCUCAACGAUAAACCGUUUCCGUGCGCGUUUUGUGAGGCACGGUUUAUCCGAAAUCGGGAUCUUCAACUGCAUAUGGCAGUGCACACUGGAAACAAACUUAACCGGUGUAUGUAUGAUGGGUGUGAUUUUACGACCCACAUCGGCAAGCAACUACGGGCUCAUUAUGAGACACAUCAUCCGAAUGAAUAGUGAUCGAACGUGUAGCUACUUUGAUCGAGUGACUAUUUUAUUUGUAAUUUAUUUAUAAGCAGAACGAAAACUUGUCAGUUACAGAAAUUUUGUAUCAAGUCAAGGAAAUUAUCCUUUUGAAUAAAUUUUUUCCCCAGCAUUGUUCGAUAAA